UUAGGCAGGGUCAAGCCAGGAAAAGCCUCUAACAGUGGGCAAGCUGUCCCAGGCUAAGAAGUAUAGAUUUUUUUCUUCUUCUUGGCUGCUUUAUCACAAUUUCUCCUAGGAAGGUCAUGACUUUAUAAGGUGGGGAAGAUAGUCCUCUUUCUCCUCCUCAGCGGAAGCAGGAGGCAUUUUUUAGCUUCCAAGAAGCAGCUGAAAAUGUGGGAUCAUUCUCAGGAGACCUUUUCUGGAGGCCCCGAGAUUGCUCAUAGUUAAGGAUCUCCCCCAUAUCUUACACAGAACAAAAUCAGGCCAAGGAGGAUUUGAGUCAUCUGACUGGGGCAGGGGGAAGGGGUGAACCCUUGGCCCGCCCAACCCUCUGCUGAGUUGAGGGCUCUGGACUAAUCCCGAUAUAGCCACGGCCCCGCGAGAACACUAGUUUCCGCGCCCUAAGCAGCUUCCUAGGCUUUGAGGCAGCUCUGGGGUACGCAGCCGAAGUCUCCCCCCCGCUCCUACUCUUGAGUCUCCCCGACACGGAGAGACGCUAGAAGACAGAAGAACGCCCCAGUCUCUUGGAACGAGCCGGGCUUGCACUGAAUGCGGGCCAUGGAAGAAUUAAUAGUUGAAUUGCAACUGUUUCUUCAGCUUCUGGACCAUGAAUACUUAACAUCCACAGUCAGGGAGAAAAAGGCAGUCUUAAAUAACAUUCUUCUGAGGAUACAAUCAUCAAAAGAUUUUGAGGUAAAAGAAAAUGUACAGAAACAAGAAGUUGCCAAUAGCUUACCUGCUCCUCCUCAGAUGCCUCUGCCAGAGAUCCCUCAGCAAUGGCUGCCACCAGAUAAUGGGCCUCCACCAUUACCUUCCUCAUCCCUUCCUGAAGGUUACUAUGAGGAGGCAGUGCCACUGAGUCCAGGAAAGGCUCCUGAAUAUAUUACAUCCAAUUAUGAUUCUGAUGCAAUGAGCAGUUCUUAUGAGUCUUAUGAUGAAGAGGAUGAGGAUGGGAAAGGGAAAAAAAUGAGACAUCAGUGGCCUUCUGAGGAAGCAUCAAUGGACCUUGUUAAGGAUGCUAAAAUCUGUGCCUUCCUUUUAAGAAAGAAGCGAUUUGGACAGUGGACUAAACUGCUGUGUGUGAUUAAAGAAAACAAACUACUGUGCUAUAAAAGUUCCAAGGACCAGCAGCCUCAGAUGGAACUGUUGUUGAAUGGCUGCAGCAUAACAUAUAUUCCCAAAGACAGUAAAAAGAAGAAGCAUGAGCUCAAAAUCUCACACCAAGGGCAAGAUGCUCUAGUUCUUGCUGUACAGAGCAAGGAGCAGGCAGAUCAAUGGUUGAAGGUAGUAAAGGACGUUUGCAGCAACUAUACUGGAACUACAGAUUCAGAUGGACUUGCAUCUAAUUCUCCUGUACAUAAGGUUGAACUCGAAAAGAAACUGUCCUCAGAAAGACCUAGUUCUGAUGGAGAGGGUUUUGUAGAAAAUGGAAUCGCUGCCAUCUGUAAUGGAAAAGAACAAGUAAAGAGGAAAAAGAGCUCAAAGACAGACUCCAAAGGCACUGUGACAAAAGUAACAGGGAAGAAGAUAACAAAGAUAAUUGGUUUAGGAAAGAAAAAGCCCUCUACAGAUGAGCAAACCUCAUCAGCUGAAGAAGACAUCCCUACCUGUGGGUAUCUAAAUGUGCUAUCAAAUAACCGUUGGCGUGAGCGCUGGUGCAGAGUGAAAGACAAUAAGCUCAUUUUCCACAAAGACAGGACCGAUCUGAAGACCCACAUUGUCUCUAUUCCUCUACGUGGCUGUGAAAUUAUUCCAGGAUUGGAUUCCAAGCAUCCCCUUACAUUCCGCCUCCUUCGAAAUGCACAGGAAGUUGCAGUAUUAGAGGCGUCAUCUUCGGAAGACAUGGGCAGGUGGAUUGGGAUUUUACUGGCUGAGAGUGGCUCAUCUGCAGAUCCUGGCACUCUGCACUAUGACUACAUAGAUGUGGACAUGACUGCAAGUGUCAUACAAGCUGCAAAACAGACCUUCUGUUUUAUGAACAGACGGGUUCUCUCUACCAAUCCAUAUCGAGGAAAUGCUGCCAAUGGUUAUGCAUGCCCCAGUGGGAUGGCACUUCAUUAUGAUGAUGUUCCUUGCAUAAAUGGAUCAGUAAGAAUUGAUUUUUGUUGGGAACCAGAAGAUGGCUUUCCUACUUCUCGUAGCAGAAGCACAGGAGAAGAUGGGCUUUAUGAUAACAUGGGCCUGUACGAUAAUUUGCCGUCUCCGAAAAUCUUUGCACGCUAUCCACCAGCAGACCGAAAAGCCAAUAGGUUAUCUACUGACAAACUGUCUUCUAACCACUAUAAAUAUCCUAUCUCAUCCAAUCUCUCUUCUGCUCAGUCUGUCACUAAUACCUCUGCUAUGGGGAGGGGAACUGUGUCACAGUUUAAAGGAAAGAAAGCUUCUGCAGCAUCAAAUGGAAUUAUGGGGAAAGGAAGAACUUUAAACAAUCCACCAAAGAAAUCAGAAUUUGCUUCAAAUGUGAAACGCAGCAGCUCCAAUGCGGAUCAGUACAAGUAUGGCAAGAACCGUGUUGAAGCAGAUGCAAAGAGGUUACAGACCAAAGAAGAGGAGCUGCUAAGGAGAAAAGAUACUCUGCGGAAUCGCCUGGCCCAGCUCCGAAAGGAAAGGAAAGAUCUCCGAGCAGCCCUUGAAGUGAAUGCUGGCAGAAAAACCAUGAUUAUUCUUGAAGAUAAAUUAAAGAAGCUGGAAGAGGAGUGUAAGCUGAAGGAGUCUGAACGUGUUACUCUGGAACUAGAGUUGACAGAGGUGAAAGAGAAUUUGAAGAAAGCCUUGGCUGGUGGUAUCACGUUGGGACUAGCAAUUGAGCCUAAAUCAGGAGCCUCAAGUGCCCAGUCUCCAGUUCUUAAGCAUCAGACACUGGAGAACUCGCCCAUCUCCAGUUGCGACACAAGUGAUACUGAAUGUUCAGUGCCUGUGAACAGUGCUGUAGUCCUGAAAAGAAAUUCCUCCUCCAGCACUUCUCCAUGCAGAGGCCAUGUGCUUCAGAAGGCAAAGGAAUGGGAGAUGAAAAAUGGAACAUAAAGAAGUAAGAUCAUCACUAGUACUCUGCUUUUGUGGUCAAGGUGGACUGAGGAAAUUUUAUCUACACAAUGGUAAAAUAAAGGCUUCAUUGAUCCCA